AUUUAACAUGUAGCCUAAUUCAUUCCUGUUACGCAACGCUAAAUUGUCAUCGGUCUUCAGUGUCACGUGAUCCUUCAGAAAUCAUUCUAAUAUGGUGAUUUGCUGCUCAAGAAAUAUUUCUUAUAAAUAUCAAUGUUGAAAACAGUUGUGCUGCUUAAUAUUUAAUCGGAUUAUACGUUUUUCCUGUGUCCUAAAUGUUACUUUCCAUCCUGCUUUAACUUUGAAGGGGGUUUUAUUUUGAAGGCGUCCCGGCCGGAAGUUCUUUCAUCAUAACUUCCGGCUAUACGCUGUUCUCGGGACGCUCAUCAAAACUGCGCGCUUUAACACCGAAUUGCAUUUGAUUUUAGCCUGAAAUAAUGGAUAACUCUCAGCAGUUCGGUUAUAUGGGCGCUCCGCCUCCUCCCUUCAAUGCUCCUCCGUGUACAGACGGCGCGGUUUAUUCAGGAGGAGGUGCAGGACCAACACCGAUGCCUCCUCCGCCUGCAGCGGGACACACAUGGAACAUGUAUCAACACCCCCCACCGCCAGUACAGCAUCCCUGGCCCCAGUUUCCUCCCUUCGACCCGAGCAGACCACCUCCAGGGUCCUUCGAACCUCCUCAACACGGUGAGAACCCGCCUCCAUCCUGGUCCCAGAACCAGUGGAAUCAACCUGAACAUCAUUUCAGGAGACAGUUCACACCAAAUCAACACCAAUUUCCAAAUUCAGCACCAGUAUCAUAUCAGUCCAACACCAGGCCGGAUAAUUCAGCUCAGAUGUACACCUCGAACAACCAAAAUUACUCAUUUACCAACCAGUCCUGGCUAGAUGACAACCAAAACAACAGUCAAAUCACAUCAGUAACAGCUUCCGAUGAAGAAUCCAAGCAGAGGUUGAGAGAUGAGCAGUGGAUUCAAAGUGUCCUGCUGUCAAGAAUCAGUAAAUCCAGUGAACCAAAGCAAACCGAAUCCAAACCAUCCGUCUCUCAGUUCAAAGAGAAGCUGUAUGGGACUGUUAAAAUGCUGUCUGAGUUGAAUAUUGUAUGCCAGAUGCUGAAGGAUAAUGUAGAGAAUGAAGAUGUUUGGACUGAUGCGCUCUCAAAAGCGGCAGAACUGAAGAACAACAUACAGGAGAGACUGACAGAGCUGAAGGACCCAGACUGUGUCCGCAGCAUCAAGAGGAGAUUACUGCAGAUAAACAAGAAGAGAGCAAGGAUGAGGAGAAGAAAGAUGGAACAAAAGGAGGAAAAGCUGGAAGAGGAGGCUAGACGUGCUGAACGAGAGGCGGCGGUUGAUAAAUGGCAGAUGAAACGCCUUCAAGAAGUGGAGGAGAAGAACAGAGAGAAAGAGUUGAAACUGGCCGCAGAUGCCGUUCUCUCAGAGGUCCGAAAGAAACAAGCAGAUGCCAAGAGAAUGCUGGACAUCCUCAAAUCACUGGAAAAACUCAGAAAACUCCGGAAAGAGGCUGCGGCCAGGAAAGGCAUGUUUCCAGGAAAAGAGAGUGAUGACAUAUUUGAGGGUCACUUGGAGCGGUUGAGGAGUCUGAUCCGUAAACGGACGGCCGUGUACGCGACAGAGGAGAAAGCUCUGAGGGUCAUGCUGGAGGGAGAGCAGGAGGAGGAACGCAAACGAGACCGCGAGAAACGACUGAAGAAAGAAAAAGAGAAGCUCUUGCAGAAGAAGCGAGAGGUGGACGCAAUGCUGUUUGGAGCUGAAUUACCACCUGAUCACCCUCUUCAACCGUUCCAUGAUUACUACACACAGGCCGAACGCUCCCUUCCUGCUCUUAUUCAGAUAAGGAGAGAGUGGGAUCAGUUCCUGGUUUCUGUCGAACACCCUGACGGUACUUCGGUUCCUCAAGGCUGGGUCCUGCCCGACCCACCAGCCGACGACAUCUGGGCCACGGCCCUGGAGAAAUGACACUUUUGACCUGACAGACUGUUCAUUCACCAAAACAAAAAACAUUUGGUUGGGAAAAUGUGUGGCCAGAUUAAAUGAUACUCAUUUUGGUAAAUUUGAUGAAAACAUUUCACCAUAAAAUCAAAAAAAAUUGAAGCUUUUUUUUGGGACCAUUUAGAUUUUUUACAUUUUUUUAUUCAUGACUGUUACAUGCAUUUCCCCAAAUUCUCAUUACAAUAAUGUGUUGGGAUAUUUUUCAGUAAUUUUGGAUAUUUUUGAGUAAUUUUUAUAAUUAUUUUUUUUUGUUUUUUUUUUUUGUUAUUAUUUAUUUUCAGUGGUAAUUUUCAUUAGGUUCUCAUUGCCACAACACUGUAUUUUUACUGGAAAAUUAUAAAAUGACUGAAAUAUAAUGAUUUUUUGUUAUUUAAAUACCCUUAAAACUAAAUAAUUUAUAAAUACUAAUAUAUAUAUAUAUAUAUAUAUAUAUAUAUAUAUAUAUAUAUAUAUAUAUAUAUAUAUAUAUUAUUUAUUAGGGCUAUCAAAUCAAUCACACACAUAUAUAUUAUAUAACUUUUGUUAGAUGCGAUUAAUCGCCAUUGAUUUGACAACUCAUAUAUAUAUAUUAGGGCUGUCAAACGAUUAAUCGCAUACAAAAUACUGUGUGUAAUUAUUAUGUAUAUGUAAAUACAAACACAUUCAUGUAUAUAUUUGAUAAAUAUUUACAAGUAUAUGUAUUUAUUUAUAUUUUUAUAUUAUUUAUAUUAUACAGUAGUCAACAUUUGAAGUGGAUCAAAAAGUUCAUCAAAGCUGUAAUAAGAACUAAGUUGUACUAAGAAGAAGGUUUUGAUCCACUUCAAAUGUUGACUACUAUAUAUAAAUAAAAUAUUUGUACAUAAAUAACAUGUUUCUCUUAAAUAUAUACAUUAUUUAUAUAUACAUAUUAAUUACACACAGUACUCACACAUAUAUUAUGCAAACUUAAACUUUUAUUUUGUAUGCGAUUAAUCGUUUGACAGCCCUAAUAUAUAUAAAUAUAUAUGUAUAUAUAUAUAUAUUUGUGUGUGUGUGUGUAUUAGGGUUGUAAAAUCAAUUAAUGGCGAUUAAUCGCAUCUAUAUAUAUAUAUAUAUAUGUGUGUAUGUGUGUGUGUGUGUGUGUAUAUAUAUAUAUAUAUAUAUAUAUAUAUAAUUUUUUUCCCAUUACAGUAAUGAGAAUAGGACGAUGUGAUCAGUCUGCAUCAGUAGUCCUUCAAAACACGUCACAUGUUGACUUGUGUGAAAAAGUACUGAUUACAUCACAGUGAUUUCCUGUGAUCUGCUUAAGACAGACGUGCUGAUUGUGGUGUUUACAGAUGAAAACACGUCUAGAUAUGUUCAGAUACAUUAUCUGUGUGUAAUAUAUUUUACAUGACAAAACAAUUCUGUACUUGUCAAGAGUAAAAUAAAGUGUUCCCAUGAUGGGUUUUUCUAAA